ACGAGAGCUGCUACACGAACGGACACCUGAGUACGACGCUCAUCGACUGGAUCCCGGGCAUGCCGCCGAUCAGCCUUGGAGACGUCUCCAGUUUCGUCCGCACCACCGACCCGGACGACUUCGGCCUCCAUUUCAACAUCGUGGAGGCCAACGGCUGCACCAAGGCCGGCGCGCUCAUCAUCAACACCUUCGACGACCUAGAGGCUGACGUCCUCGCCGCCCUCCGCGCCGAGUACCCGCGCAUCUACACCGUCGGCCCCCUAGGCUACCUCCUCAACCACCAGCUAAGGGGCGACGACGAUGCCUCCGCCAUAGGCCUAAGCCUGUGGAAGCAGGACACCGAGUGCCUCGCGUGGCUGGACACGCAGCAGCCGGGCUCCGUCGUGUACGCCAACUUCGGCAGCCUUACGGUCCUUUCCACCGACCAGCUCGCCGAGUUCGCGUGGGGCCUCGCGGCCAGCGGCCAUCCGUUCCUCUGGUCCAUCAGGGACAACCUUGUCCCCGGCGCCGGCGCUGGCGCGAGCUCGCUGCCGGCGGAGUUCGUCGCGGCGACGGCAGGGCGGUGCUGCCUGACCACGUGGUGCCAGCAGGAUCGGGUCCUUGGGCACCCGGCCGUGGGGUGCUUCCUGACGCACAACGGGUGGAACUCCACCUGCGAGAGCGUGGCGGCCGGCGUGCCCAUGGUGUGCUGGCCGGGGUUCGCCGACCAGUACACCAAUUGCAAGUACGCCUGCGAGGUGUGGGGCGUGGGCCUCCGGGUUGACGAGGAGGUGAGAAGGGAGCAGGUGGCCAGCCACGUCAGGCAUGCGAUGAAGGCAGAGGAGAUGCGGGGGAGCGCGGCCGGGUGGAAGGCCAAGGCGGAGGAGGCAGUGGCGCCCGGCGGGUUGUCGUGCGAGAACCUGCAGAGCAUGGUCAGAGCGCUCGGCUGUGUCAAUGCUGCUGAAGUCCCAGGAGUUUAACUGACCGACCAGUAUCGGGGUCACCCGGUCCUCAGGCAAAGUGUUCUACGACUGCAAUUGCAAUCAGUGAUGCCAAUAAAGUGCCUGUAAGGCUUAAGCCACUGCUCGUUAUUUAUUUCGUACUCUGUAAUUCGAAUAUCCAACACAGCCGUCUGA